UGCCGCUGUAAAGGAAUCAAAUCUUUUAGGAGAAAUGUACCUACAUUGAGAUAAAACCACUUCGUUCGGAAGAUCGGGAAUCAUUCUCACUAGCAAGUACAGAGAAAGCAACACCAUCUGACUAUCCUAGCAUUUGACAAUCACCAUGAAGUUCUUACCGUACUUGAUCCUUGUCAGUGUAGUCUUUUUGUGGUACUCGUGCAACUGUGCCCCGAUUGAAGAGGACGACUCAUCAACCAUCGAAGAAGCAUCAACUUCGCCAGUGGAGGAGCAACGGAAGCUGAAAUUACGAUCGGACGAGCCAGCAGCAACGUCCGACGAACUGCCGCUGGAGAAGCAGGAUUUGGAUCUCUUGCUGAUGUCCCCAUCGAACAAGGGCCGCCGUACACAACGGCAACUACUAUCAACAGUGGCGUACCCGCUAUGGUCUGCAAUUCGGCCCCAUUUGAUUCGGUUGAUUGGUACCGCGAUUGGCAAGCACAUUAGGAACCAAUUUGGAGGAGCGGAGGAUCGGAUGGCUGUGGGUUCGGCGAAACCGCGAAUGUCCAGCUAUUAUCGGUACGGUCGUGCUGGCAGUGGAUCCUGUUGAACUUUCAGUCGAGAUGCUAAGCAAUUCCUUCGUGAAAUAAAUAUUGGCCUGCUCGUUUAUCUUCUGGAAACAAUCGAAUUCUUGUCAUAGCCCAACGCACUUUUAAGCUCAGAACUUUAAAUCACAUAUCAUAAGGAGUGGUAUCGCCCACAGUAUCAAGCCAAAUCGCCAUUGUACGAGAGGAUGAGGAACGAAAGCCCCCGGCAUCGUUUCUGGUCGGCCUGGUAUGGGAUCUGUACUCUGCUCUGGCAUUACAAAGCAAAAGGAUCAACGCCGACCGAGUUGAAUACAAAACGAAAAUGGCUUGGAUUAAACUUAUGAAUAGGGGCGCCGAUCAGUUGAGGUAUAAAGUGUGAGAACCACAGU